GCGAAUACAUCACAAAAUCGAACUCGUCCAAACAACCCCAUUAUUAUAUAUCAUUCAUCUACCUCCACAAGAACACGCCUGCAUCUACUUGUACGAAUACAGAGCAUGGCUGCACUGAACUGCUACCUGUCGGUGACCGCCGUUACUACACCCACAUCCCAGCCACGGCCGGAGCAAAAGCAGUCUAAGAUUAUACUGCCUAUGAAGUCAGAGAAAUUGUCCCCUGGGGCUACACAGGGGGGUUACGGCGGCCCAUCCACCACCACCACGCGCAGGAUGUCCUUGGGCGUCGACGAGGACCCUCUCACAUCUGAUGAUUUUAUGUGGAACAAAGAAUUCAUGGGCCAUAUGAACAAGUUCAUUCAGGACCCUUCUGAAAAUGGUUGUAAUGAUUCUGCUAACUGUUCAAAGAAAGAGACAUCUGGAUAUCUAAGCAUAAAUCGUGUAUUGAACCUUGACAAACUCGGCCCUCUAAAACACCCCACUCAUGCAAAUUGGCUCUUAGUGUGUCAUGAUUUAUUCUCAUGCCAAUAGCAUUGAACUUUUAAAAAAGCUUGGAAGUGGACUUGAGCAAAGAGCUGCUGACAUCACCUUCAAAAUCAUUGCUAGGAGAAAAAGCUCAGGAAACUCAAAAUGGCAAUCACACGUACCACAGAUGGAGACCAACACCAACAAGUCAUGAGCAAGAGAAGUGGGACAGAGCUACUAAGGCAGCAAUAGGUGGCAGUGAUGUGAUGCUCAGAGAAUUGAGGCGUCCAAACGAGGAUCCCAAAGUAAUGGCGGCUCAGUCUAUUGAGGAGUAUCUCAAGUUAAAAAACAAGCUACAGCUGCUCACCCUAGGCAUUGGCAAUAUAGGUGUUCUUUCAGCAUAUGUAUCUUAUUCUCCUGAAAUUGCAGCAAGCUAUGGUGUUGGCUUGCUUGGUUCAUUGGCAUACAUGCGCAUGCUAGGAAACAGUGUGGAAUCAAUACAACCACAGGGACCUCAAGCCAUUAUUAAAGGAGCUAUAGGGCAGCCUAGACUAUUGGUUCCUCUUGUCUUGGUUAUGAUCUAUAACCGGUGGAACAGGAUUGUGGUCCCGGAAUAUGGAUUUGUGCACCUUGAGUUGAUUCCAAUGCUGGUUGGAUUUUUCACGUACAAGAUGGCUACUUUCAUCCAAGCCAUUGAUGAUGUAAUGAGUGUUGGGAAGAAGACUCGUCAACUGUAACCAUUCUUCGCUUGGUUUUUGGAUAAUGGGUAAGAAUGAAUGUUUUGUCUUGGAAUGUUUUUAAUUGGACUAAAAUUUGUUGGUCUGAGCUUGUCUGAUAAAUGUCUGAUCUCUGUGUAUUUUAUUACAAUGAAAGUCUGGUUUGAUUUGGUUCGUUUAAGUAUGGUCUGGUCUAGGACUGAAUACACUCCAAGUACAAACAUCCUUAUUUCGAGAGGAGUUUGAUAUAGAGGUAGCUUCUGUGAGACUAUAUACGAGCUUGUUUUCAUUCAACUCAAGUUAUUAUUAUAUUUCAGUAAAAGAUCAUACUCUAUUAUAUCCCACCUGACCAGCACAUAAUACAUACAUAUAUACAUACAUAUAUAUAUAUAUACACACAUACAUACAUGUACACACACACAUACAGGAUUAUUCCUGUCCAGGCCGGUCCAGACAGGAGCCCCGUCCUACCUCCGCCGUUUGGGGAGGUUCCCGAUGGUAUUUUUUUCUUAUUUUUUUGUAUGUUCUGCAUCAAGUAUAGUUUAUCCAUACCAAAUUUCAGCUAAAAAUUCAAUCGGGAAGGCAGUCAAAUGAUUUUUGGAAGUUAAAUGUGUUUUAUAUGUAUAUAAAGGGUGCAGUUAACUUCCAAAAAUCAUUUGACUGCCUUCCUGAUUGAAUUUUUAGCUGAAAUUUGGUAUGGAUAAACUAGACUUGAUGAAGAACGCGCACAAAAAUUUUCAGCAAAAAAUACCACCGGGAACCGCCCCAAAAGACAGAGGCCGAACAGAUUUCUUGACCGGAAGAUUUCUCUCUCUCUCUCUCUCUCUAUAUAUAUAUAUAUAUAUAUAUAUAUAUAUAUAUAUAUAGGAAAAAGAUCAUGUUGGGACAGGAUGCUCUGUCUGGCCGCCUCUGUUUGAGGUAGUGCCGUAGUGCACCCAGUGGAAUUUUUUGAUUUUUUUUAGAGUGUUGUUCAUGAAGUGUAGAUUAUGUCCACCAAAUUUUAGCUAUAAAUUCAAUUGGUAAGGUAGUCAAAUAAAUUUUGAAAAUAAUUGCGUUUUAUAUGUAUAUUUUGGCACAAUUAUCUUCAAAAAUUUAUUUGAUUACCUGGAAUUUAUCAUAGAACUUACUUAGAAUUUAUCAUGCCAUAUGACAGAACAGUUGGUGCGUUUAUGAGUGUUCUUUCAUAGCAAACCAGUUAAUGAAGCCACGGCACUGCCGGAUCUGCAUAAGAUGAGAGAAAGGGUAUAUGGCCGGUUAACAUUCCCGGCAAUGGGAUAAACCUCUGCGUGUCUCGGGAUUCAGUGACUGCGAUUUGGAUUGUAGUCACUAUAAUCACUAUUGAAUUACAUUAUCCCUUUUAAAAAAAGUCACUACUUCUCACAAAUGCAACAUAUGUGCUCUACCCUUGGUCGUAUCAUCUAUGCUUAACAAAAGGCUUGAAUUUUAUGAAAAAACCAUCGUCCGUUCGUCCCAUGUAUAUGCAAUACUGUGGUCAUUGGAAGUAUUAAUACUCUGGUCACAGGAAGCAUUAAUAUAGUAGUCACUGUGGUGAAGGCCAUACAAAUCCGAGAGGGAUUGCUUUUUUUUCUUCAUCAUUUUUGGUCUUGCGAUGGACUAUAAAAAUGAAUAUAAUCUAUUCAUGAUUACGCUCCCAAUUAGUACGGGUGAU